UUAUCCAUUGACAUAAAGAGAAAAAUUAGAAAAAAUUAACUCAAAGAAAACUCAUAUAAUAAUUAAAUUAACAUAAUUCUUCCAAAAUUCUAAGUAACUUCUAUUGAAGAACAGUCGUCAAAUUCUAAAUAAAAAUGACCAGUGAACAGGAUGCAGAUAAAAAUUUACCUUCGGAAAAUUUAGAUGAAGGAGAGUAUGAGUUGGUUUACGGUACAGAAGAUGGUAUCUAUUCGCAGAGUGAUACGACCCAUAUGGGCGAAGAGGGCGAGGAAGCGACCGAAGAUAUAUUUUCAUACCUCGGCGAGUCAUCCGACGAUCCGGAGCAGAAGCGUCGCUAUAUGGAGUACCUGAGUUUAAUCAAAGAAAUCGAGUGUCAAAACCAAAUGGUCGAUGAUAUCAAAGCACAAAUUAUGGAGCUGUGCGCUAAGCCUUGUAAGACAAAAUGCGAAUUAAGGGAUAUUAAGCGGCUGCGCGUAUGCAUGGAGCAAGAGAUAAUAAAACUCCGUUGCUUGAUGAACAAGGCAAUGGAGUUGCAGAAUUUCGGUUCUAAACGACGUUACCACGAGAUACAACUCGCCACUACCAUCGACGAGGAUAACAUGGCGCCUUAUGCUGGCUGGACGCAACCGCAGGCGGCUACUUGGAAAGGUGGUGAGAGUAGUGAAACGGAUAAGUGUGCGUCGGCUGAACCAAAGGAUUCUAGAGAUGAGAAAGCUUUACGUUGUUUAUGCAAGGCAUUGGGCAAGAUGAAAAUCUGUUGCCCAGAGGAUAAAAAGCUUGUGCAGGAAAUUGCGGGCGCGUUGUUGGGACACAAAAAGAAGAAAAGUAUGUCUCCUUGCCCGCCACCAUGCCCACCCACACUGCCACCCUGUCGUGGAUCAUGUCCGCCAUUUGCUAAAUCUGCGAGAAAAAACAAGCAAGCCAAUCGACCCUGCUCCUCGGAAUCGAUGCCUUGCGCAGACUCUUUGGAGCGACUCAAGCAGAAAAUUACAUGUAUGCAAUCGUCUGUGUGUCAGCUAAAGCAGGAAAUAUAUCGACGUGAGCGUGAAAAGCAGCACGUAUGCGAACCGGAAGAGGAGAAGGAAGAUAUAUGUUCCGAGGAGCCUGAUCCCAUACAAUUUUGCUUAAGUAAACGUACUGCCAAGGCGGAUGAGAUGGCAAAGUUGAGGGAAAACUACCUACAUUUAUUAGCGGAAUUUUCCAAAAAAGAUUGUCAGCUGAAGGAAAUGGAGAAACGUCUCAAAGGAUUCUGUGGCAGCUGCAACAACAACAAUAACGGACAAGGGGAAGGACAAAAUCCAGAUCAUUCAGAACUCAUUGUGUUGCGACAACGUGUUGCUGACCUGAAGGAAGAGCAAACGGAAUUCAAAUGUCUUAUGAAAGAACAGUCGCAGCAAUUGGAAGAUUACCGCAAUAAGUAUCUCGUAGCACAGCAAAAAGUGGAAGAGCAAAGUGUGACACUCGACAAAUUAAAUAUGAACAAUAAGCGUAUCGAAAAGCAAAUCAACACCGAAGUUAAGGAGAUUCGUGCAAAGUUUCAGGAGAAACUCAACGAGCUGCUGCAUUUUCCCAAACUCUUAGAGAAUGAACAACUCAAAUUGGCUCAAGCCUGCAAGGAAAAGGAGGAAUUACAAGGAAAAUUGAUGCUUAUUUGCAAGGAGCUGAAAGCACUAAAGGCGCAACAUGAAUCACCAAAAGAGGAUACCGAUUGCCGUCCACAACUGAUGAAAUGUCAACUAGAGCUGGAGCAAUGUAAGGCACGUUUUGAGGAAAUGGAAAGACAACGAGAUCUCUUCUGUGAAAAGCUGAAGACCACACAAGACGACUUAGACACUUUGCGUUCGGAAUCUGCUAAAAUUAUUGCACGUACAAAGGAGCGCGCCGAGGCGACUAAAUGUCAAAUGCAGGAACAAAUCGAUCGUCUCGAAAAGGAAUUGGCGCAAUGUCGUGCUACUGCAUGUCUUUCUGUCAGCGAUCGUGAGGCUGUCAUACGCGAGAUGCAAGGGCAACUCAACACCCUUUCUUACAGUUUCGACGCAGCGCAAAAGCAAAUCAAAACAUUGCGCAACCAUAUUGCUUACGUCUCAAAUGAAAAUUGUUUCCCUGUGAAAUGCUAAAACGUUCAUUCAAAUCGUUCAUGCGUAGUAAAUGAAACAGCGUUAUUAUCAUAGCUAUCUACGGCUUUGUAGACAUGCUUAUGGCAUGUUUAUUGCUAUAACUUUCAACACGUGUGGAGUUCAUCGCCUCCAGCAUACAAUGAAAGCCGAAAUCGAAUUAACGGCAAAUACUGCCAAUUAAAGUGACUAACAUAAUUGGUCUAAUAACGUUA